AGUUACCAAGAGCGCUGCUACGCACAGGUCCCUCAGUAGCGUUGCUUUCAGCGAACCGAAAAUGGGACUGGAGAACGAGAAAUCCGAGACCACUGUUAUCCUGGACGAAGACGAGUUCAACAGAUCGAUCGAUCCGAUUCUUAACCAGAAAGAGAAAGUUUUCACGGCGACUCCGGACAGAGAUCCCCACGAUAUAAACGGACAAUUGAAGGUUGGUUUCGAGGAUGUCAUCGCCGAGCCCAGCACGACUCACAGCUUUGACAAAGUGUGGAUCGGAAGUCACGCAGUGUUUGAGCUGGCUAAAUUUGUGUUCUACCGGCUGCUGACCACGUUACUCGCUGUACCAAUGUCUUUUGUAGCCGGCAUUGUCUUCGCGGUCCUCAGCUGUGUCCAUAUCUGGGUGGUGAUGCCCGUGGUCCAGACCUGCAUGGUGGCCUUGCCCUCCAUCCAGACCAUCUGGAGAAGCCUGAUGGACACCUUCGUGGCUCCGCUCUUCCUCAGCGCGGGCAGGUGUCUGUCCGCCGUCAACGUCAAGGGCGUGCACGACUGAGACACCGCUGCCUCCGCCGUCACCCC